AUGUGCAAGAAUUCUCAAGAUAUCAUCUGUUCUGGUGCAGGCACAUGUCAGUGUGGCAGGUGUAAAUGUGCAAACUCGGAAGGAAAUGGACUAGUCUAUGGUAAAUUUUGUGAAUGUGAUGACAGAGAAUGCAUAGAUGAUGAGACGGAAGAGAUUUGUACAGGCCAUGGAAAGUGUUACUGUGGAAACUGUUACUGUGAGGCUGGUUGGCAUGGAGAUAAAUGUGAAUUCCAGUGUGACAUCACCCCCUGGGAGAUCAAGAAAAGAUGCACAUCUCCAGAUGGCAAAAUCUGCAGCAACAGAG